UAUUUUUCACUCCAGUCGCAGCAACACCUUUCAUGCUUUGGAAGACAAUGCUUUCAGAUGAAUCUUCUCUAAUCUUACCAAGCAUUGCCAUUUUAUUAGAUAUAGGACAGUGGUAAAGGGUGUAUAUGAUGUGUCGUACAGCUGUGAGAUGGACCAUCUGGACCAUUUGAUUUAUCAAGGCGGAGCUUUAAUGAGCUCAUUCUGUAAGUAAGCCAUGCUGUCAAAUGCUAACUGCACCCUGGACCCAGCGCUCAGACGGCAGAGCAAAGCGAUACUAAGGCAAGAACUGCGGCUGUUUUUCAAUCGCAGAUCUGUUCAUUUCGGCUCGGUCUUCUGAGUGUGGAUUACGGAUUAGGACGAGAGAACAAUGUGGAAAUGUGGGGAAAUGUGGUGCGCGUGGCGAGCCCGCGCUGGAACACACUUUUGAGAAGAGCAGAGCAGCACCAGCUUUACAUGGAGUUAACACCACUGCUUUUUUAUUUUGGUGCGAUGGUCCUGAGACAAGUCAAGUGUGAAUGCAGUAUGGAAACUAUAAGACAUGUGCAGUUGUUCAUGGGAAAUCUCUCCAAAGGGGCAGUAAACGAUUCCAAGCUAUACACACCAACGCUAAGCAAUUAUUGGAUGCUUCAAGGUGUUGUCUUCUCACUUCAGCAGAACUGUUCCAGAUCCACAUUGAACUGCUUUGCAGAAGAGAUGAUCGUGCUUGUUCAAGAGACUGAGACAAAUACAGAAUUACCCAUAAGACUCAAGAAACUCAUACGACAUCUUAAUGACAAGAUGACUUCAUGCCCACAGUGUGAGGUGUACAAAGAAGAAAAAGCGGCAACAUUUCUCAGUACUUUGCUGACAAUUCUGCAAAGUAUGUGUUCAAAAACAUAACUCUGUGACAUAACAUUACACAAAAAACCUACUCCUGAGUAAAACCCCAUGUGCUGUUGUAUCCCAUCUGCCUCAAGAAUUGUCAUGGAUUUGUUUCUUCUCAGCGUGGUUGUAAAGGGUGGAUAUUUAAGUCACCACAGUCAUCCUGACAGUUCAAACAGGUUCUUUUUGCGUAAACUCUGCUGUGUUUCAAAAUACACAGAAUUCUUACGUUUUUAAAAUACUUCAUCAAACAUCGGAAUGUGUAAAAUGUGAUCUCUGUAACUUCAACAGUGACAGGGGUGUUGCUGUGGUUGGUCAUGCAAAGUAAUGAAGCAUUGUGGAUAGACAAACAGGUGAGUUUUGUUAAAAAGUGAACAUUAGGAAUGAAUUUGUAACAGAGGCGCAAACAACCACAGGACAUGAUUAAAUAAUGUGCAGUGGGUCAUAGGAAACGUAGUUCAUGUCCAUAAACCUGAUGCUGAAUAUAUUUUAUUUAAUAUUUGCACAGUUUUAUUUUAUUUUAUAUCUCAUUCGAAUAAAAGGUUAUAGGCUUAGCAUAUAUUUUUUGCAUUUGGUUUGACAGAAAACUACCUCUGGGACAUAUAAACACAAUUUUUACACAAAAAAACAGAAGGAUACUAUGCAGGAACUGCAAGCAACAGGAAAGACAAAAACAUAUUUGGUUGUUAUGUAAUUAUGUUUACUUUGCAAAGUCUGCUCUGACUAACCUAAUAGCUAUGUCAUUAACAGUUUGUGGCACAAUACGUACAGGAAAAGCGAUAUAUAUUUUUAUAUUUAUUUGUUAUGAGCCGUGUAAGCUGUUUAGUUUUGCUAUGUGUUAUAAAUAAACAUUGUUUUGAAAUUUU